GUAUGAUGCAAUAAACAAGUUGGCCACCGUGAGAUGCAAUUGCGAGCCCACUGUGAUAGUCAACUACAUCCGGAAAAUGGGUAAAGCGGCCCAACUCGUUUCCUACUCCAAAGGCCCCACCAAAUCCCCCGCUUCUUCACCUGAUCAUGGUAACGGAAAAAUCAAAACCGAUAACAACAAAUCCUGUAAAUCCAAGGCGAAGGAGAAGCAGAAAUCUUCUGCUCCUUCGGAUGAACACGAACCAGAAAACGAUUGUGUUAGGCGUAGCCGCAGGUCAAAAGAGAAGAAGCACGUAUGCGCGCCGCCGCCGCCGGUGGAUGAGGAUAUUUGCCAGGACGAGUUCUGUGCAAUUCACAGAAGAUCUGUGAGAGAUAUGUUUGGAUCCGUGUUUUGGAGCCAAUCCGGCCGGAUAGGGGGUAUCCGGGGGUCGAAUUUUGGUGCUCCUCUUCAUUCUUAUUAUCCGCCGCCGUCGCAGCACUUUUAUCCGCCGCCGCAGCAAUCCUAUCUGCCGCCGCAGCAAUCUUAUCCGCCAUCGCAUGCAGCAAUCAUAUCCUCCACUGCAGCAGCAAUCUUAUCCUUCACUGCAACGAUCAUAUCCGCCGCCGCCACAGCAAUCUUAUCCGCAGCCGCAAUCAUACGGAUACUAUAGCCCUUCCGGUGUGAUGCCACUGCGUGGAAAUGGGUACUAAUCUGAGAGGCAUGCCAGGUCGUGACGAGAAUCCGGCGGAAGAUUGCAGAACCCAAUGAGUGAAUAUGUUCUUGUUGUGGGAAUCAUAUUUUAUUGACCCAAAGAGUGCGAUGUUCUUCCCCGCGUCCUACUUUCACUCUUUUCAGAUUGUUAUACUUUUUUUUGACAAUAUUCAGAUUGUUUUUUUGGUGAUACAAUAUUCAGAUUGUUAUAAUUGGUACUUCAUAUCUAGUAUAGUACAAUAUUAAUUUUCUCAUAUUGUAUCUAUUUUGUUUUUAAAAAAUGUGAAAUUUGAAAGUCCCAUUAAUGAAAUCAACUUUCUGAAUCAA